CAGAGCAGCACCGCAAAGCAGUGUGGAUCGUUGAGUUCUGGGGGAUUGAGCGCUAACAACACUGUACUGUUUUUUAACGAUAUGCAUCUUGGUUUCAUGUCCGUCAUUGCAAGUUCUUCUUAUUGCUGUGCUGCGCAAACUGCAAGUCAGUGACCACAUAAGGCUGAAACUUUUUGGUUCCAGAUGGUGGUGUACGCGCUGGUGCGCGAGAGCCUGCUGCGCUUGCCAAUGUUUUCUAAGAACAUGUUGGGAUCCGAAAGUUGAAUCUCCCCAGGACAGGAGAGAAACAAGCUCCCUACCGUGGCCCUUCAUUUUAAGGCAAAAACUGCAGGUCAUGCCUUUGUGUACAUAGCAACACAUACAGGUCUAGACCAACCCAGAGGGAAAACCACAUCAGACAAGCUAUGGAUGGUGGAGUGGGUUUGCAGGAAGAGGAUGUGGAGACAUCCUGGACACUGUUGUCAUGGUUGGCCUCCUGUCUCAUGGUGUUUGGAGGAGCCCUGCCUUAUGUGCCCCAGUACCAGGAGAUCCAGAGGUCCAGCAACACAGAGGGCUUCUCCACCAGAGUGUGUCUAGUGCUCCUCAUAGCCAACAUCCUACGCAUUUUCUUCUGGAUUGGAAAGCAGUUUGAGCUGACCCUUCUUCUUCAAAGUGUUGUAAUGAUCCUGACCAUGUUUGCCAUGCUCCACCUCUGCUGCACCGUCCAAAGCACCAACCGAGUGAGCACAAAACAGCACAGGCUUUCAGGUAAUGUGCCUCCUAUUGACUGUACUAAUACCUGCUCAAUAAAUGCCAGCUCUCAACUAUUACCAAAAGAGGGAGCCAUUGUUGAAGAUUUUCUGUUAUUGUCAGGGCUCACUUGAACCAUCACACUGUUUGCUUGUGUUAGUUAGAUUGACGCACAGAGUAAAGGCAUCAAUUAAUUUAAAGGACAUAUAUUACACAAAAUUGACUCGUGAGCUUUAAGCCAUGUUAGAAUCAAAAACGUACCUGGAGUCAUGUUUUGUUUCAUUGUUACGUGUUUGAGUAACCCUACAUUAUUAGUCAUUUUACAUCUCCAAAGCUGAAAAUGCUCUGUUCCACCUUGUGAUCUCAUGUAAAGACUACCUUUUACCUUUUGUUUAGUACAGGUAGAAAAUUCCACUGUUGAAAUUAUGUAAGUGAUUCUAGUGAAAGUGUAUAUAGUUUAAAAAUACAGUAGAGCACUUCCUAUUUUACCGCAUGACACAUAACAGGGUGUUUUAGUUUGAGACAGGGGCACAGCCUAAAUAUUCAGGAUGUGAGUCUGUUAAACCUGUGUGAAUGAAUCAAAAUACAAUGUGUUUUUGAUGAGUUUCUGACCAGAAAACAGCAUCAU